AUGCAACAAGCAAAUAUUCCUAAAGUUAUUAUUAUCGGUGCGGGUCCAGGAGGACUUGCUCUUUAUCAUGCAUUGAUAAAGAACAAAGAUAAAAAAGAAUUCGAUGUGAAAAUCUUCGAACGGGAAUCCAGUCCAAAAGAACGAUGGCAAGGAUAUCAUAUAGCGUUGAAUAGUCUCGGAACUCAAUCGCUUUUGAAUUGUGUACCAUCUUCGAUCACUUCAAACCUUCAAAAAGCGAUGCCAAAUCCACUUCCUGACGUGGAAUUCCAUGGAGCCUCGAUUAUCGAUAAUAAAGGAAGUGUAUUAUGUAAUAUACCGUCUAAACUAUUUAAAGACUUUAACGAACUUGUAAAAGUUCCUGAUGAGUUUUCACUGAUCAUUACUUAUCGUGAUAGGCUUAGGGAUGUAUUAUUAGAUGGUGUACCAGUUCAUUGGGGUAAAAAAUGUAUUAGAUACGAAGAAACCAAGGAUGGGGUUUUGGUAAUGUUUGAUGAUGGUUCACAAGAAUUUUGUGAUAUCUUAGUUGGCGCAGACGGAAUUAAUUCUCCAGUUCGAAAACAGAGACUACCCGAAUUACAAAUUUUCGAUUAUGGAAUAACAAAUGUCGUUGCUAAUAUUGCUGUACCUAAACAUUUUAUGGACAGAUUCAUAAAGUUACAAGGAAAUUGUUUAUUGCAAAAGACACUCGGAACGCAUGGUGAUUCGUCUUUGGUUAUUUUUCGACUAAUUCCAAUCGAGCAAGAGCCAGAUUACAAGAAUAAAAGCAAUUCUAAUGAGCUUCAUUACAGAGUAACCUUGAGUUAUUCGUACACCUCAAAAUUGGACGACGUUGAAUCUGAUAAACAAAAAGUUGAUGAUAAUGAUUCUGCAUCAGUCAUUGAAAAUGUCAAACAGAUGAUUCGAAAUUUUGUUCCAGAAUGCGAAUUUAAUGAAAUUUUAUUAGAAUUAUGGGACUUGGUUCCUAAAUCAACUCCAAAUGAUCCAGAAAAAUAUCAAUACAAAACUUAUAAUCCGACUCGACGAGGACAAUAUCAUGAUAUAGAUCCAUCAUCUGUUAAACCUUGGACAAGUAGUCGAGUAACUUUAUUAGGAGAUGCUGUUCAUGCUAUGAACCCUGUACUUGGAUUAGGAACAAAUCAUGCUUUCCAAGAUGCCGAUUUACUCUCUAAAGUUCUAAUUAAUUAUUCGUCAAAUGACCCUAUUUCCUGCAUUCAAAAAUAUGAAAAUGAAAUGCGAAAAAGAUCAACCGUUGAUGUGUUAAAAUCUAGAUCUGCGGCAUUGCAAAUGUCCUCUCCUGUUGGACAUAUUGGAGCCAUUAUUAGAAAUAGUAGUUUUAAGAUUAUAAAUUUCAUUUUAAACUCUAAAAACAUUUUUAAAAAGUUAAUUCAAUAA